AUGCCCAAAAUGAGAGUACUGGUACUCAUCGCUACACUGGCCACAAUCUCUCAUGCCUGCUUGACGACAGCCAAUCGAGCCUACAGUGCUGGCCCAUCCUACACCGCUCCACAACAAGGCUGUGGCGGCUGUUGUGCCCCAUCUCCGUGUGCCCAGGGAGCAGCUUUGGCAAGAGCUGCACCAAAUACCGCGCCAGCACAGCCCGUUGCUUCGAAUACUCCUCAUCAAUCUGUGCUUCAAUAUCUUCUCGGUUCGAAGGUUUCAACGACUGAAUUUUCCGCCGACGGUUAUAAUAAUGAGGGCGGUGGUCCAGUGAGCAAAGGAGCUGCUCUGUCAUGUUACAUGGAUGGACGACCAUGUUGUUGGGCGAAUCUCCCGCCAACCCGA